AUGGUUAUGGAUCGAAUAGACUUAUCGAUUGAUGAAAAGAUAGAAGCAUUGGACCCGAACGAUGUUUGGCUAAUGCGAGCUGCGGCCGGCGAACAAGAGCAGAUAAACACUGCAGAGGUAGGGCAGCGAGCAGCGAGCGGCGAGAGUCGUCACGACGAUCAGUUAUCAUUCGAAGACUCGGAACGUUUUGAAGAAGAUUCUCUGUGCUCCUGGCAGUCGGAUUCCGAUUCCAUUUGCCAUCAUUUUCGUGGAUGGAAUGCGACGAGUCACAAUCCAUUUAGUGAAAAUAAUGCGGAAAAAACAUCAUGCACUGAAUUAAGCAGUAAUAUUGUUCCAGACAAAUUAAUUUUUAAUCAAAGCAUUUUUGCAGUAUUGUCUCUUAGCGAAUAUGCAGCUCGAAAGACAGCCCUAACGUUCUCUUAUGACAUGAUAGAAUCAACUUAUAAUGCCAUAAUAAGAUCCUAUUCCUCUCAAGAAAUAGCGGAAAAAACAUCAUACUCUGAAGCAAGCAGCAAUAUUGUUCCAGACAAAUUGUUUAUGAAAAUUCUUCUUUGGUGUUUUCCUGAAAAUGAGCAAGAUAUUCGACUUUAUAGUUGUCUUGCCAAUGGUAGUGUGGACGAGUAUAAUAAAGGUGAAUAUUUGUUCGGAGCUGGUGCAGUUCGAGAUAUUUUUCAAAUCGGCUACCAUUUAUCUGCCACAGUUAAAACCAUUGUGACUCCGUGUGCGGUCCCAAGGAGAAUGUGUGAAGCACAAAAUCUUCAUUUGCAUCCGGCCCGUCUAUCUCGUUCUUCACAAAAUGUGUCCAUAAGAAUUGAUCGAUGCCGAAUAGUGUCUUGUCAAUGUUCUUGUUCUUCGAAAUCUUCUUGGUGUCAGCAUAUUGUUGCUGCAUGCUUAUAUCGCAUUAAUUUUCCCUUUAAGGUGGAAUAUCGCACAACAAUAUGGGAUUCUAUUAAUGAACUUAAUAAUGCCCAACUAAAGAAGCUUUCAUUAUUUCUCAUUAAUGAACUUCCACGUCAGUAUUUGCCCAUCGCUCAACGUUUAAUAGACCAACUACGAAUUCCCUCAUCCGAGAUAACAGAAGCCACUGGUGCUCCUGAUCCUACUGAUGGAGGACAUGAAGAAACUGCUAUUUGGUCUUUAGAACUUCACUCACUUACAGCUAAUAUUAAUCGCAUUCUUAAUAAGUUUUGUGCUCCAUCUCCAGUUGUACAUUGUGAUGUGCAAUAUCUUUCUUCAAAUCCGCCUCCGGUUGCUAGUGAAUGGCAGUGGCUGUUACAACCUCAUAGAUCAAAAGAACCAGAGGGCUUGUGGAAUUUACUAUCAAUUACCAGAGAAAUGUUUAAAAGAAGAGAUGAAAAUGCUCUCAACAUUUUGCAUACUAUUACAAUGGAAUGUUUGGCUAGCUCUUCGGUAAUUUGGUGGUGGUAUCAAACAUCUUUGACACAAUCUGGUGAAUGGAGUAUAAUUUCUAAUAAAACAUCCGCUUCCUUUUUAUGCAACCAGAAGGCUCCGCAGUUUAAUUGCGCUUCGUUAUGUGAUGAAGUCGUUCAUUUGUGGAGACUUGCCGCACUUAAUCCAAAUCUUUCAAAGACGCAGCGUAUCCAGAAUAUAGCUAACUCUCAAGGAACUUUUAUUGUGGACCGAUAUCGUGAACAACUUUCACGUGCGAACGCUCGUUUUACAUAUCAAUUGUUCCCUGGCUUCUUGCGUGCACUUGAAGCUUGUUAUGUACCAUGGAAUAAAGUAAAAUUUAGUGAUUCCGUUGGGUUUCGCAGCAACGAAAAUUGUCAUAAUUUUCAAAAAGUUCUGUCUACAAUAUUUACAAAAGUUCAUUUUAAUGUACCAUCUAAAAAUAGCUUAGAAGGAAGAUUGCAAAGUGAUUCUACAACUUCAAUUAGUUCUCAUACUCGUACUCGUACAUCUUUCGAUGAUACAAAUGUGCGCUCGAAUUCUUAUGAUAAUAAGGAUAAAAAUCGUUCAUCAAAGAAACGAAUUAAGCAAAUGCGAUUUAGCCGAUACAACAAUGAGAAUGAUCAUGGUAAUAUUCUUGCAACUGAUCCAGAAUUAAGUGCAGAAUCAGGUCAAGAAAGCGAUGAUGAAUUCAGGCCUAUCAUUCCCUCUGAUAUCGAAACAGUCUCGCAUUAUAUUUUCGAUAUUCAUGACACCGAUGAACAAUCUCUUCGACCAUUUCCUUUCGGUGAAGUUCAAGAACUGUUUUGUCGUGCUCAAAUACGCUAUUCAGAAUGGGAUCUCAUGUUUGCUCAUUGCGAAGGUCUUAUGGCACAUGGUUUCACGCAUGAAGCGUGCAAGUUGGCUGUUGAAAUUGCUAAUAAAUUGAUGUCGGAUCCGCCAAAUCUCGUAUCACCUCCUCUUUUUACUUCCAGCUGCUCUGAGUGCGAAACGAGCACGCAUGUUACCAAUCAAUUAAGUGAUCCAAAAGCAAAAAAAGGUUUACUAGCCGAGAUUGCCAUGGGAAAUCCAUGCAAAAAAUUAGUUGAUCAAGCAUUAAAGACUUCACAGCUUGCUGCAAGCACUUUUUCUCGUUUUAUUGUCAAGUUUCGAAACGUUUUCUUUUUUAAAAUUACCUAUUCCAUUUGCAGAAUUUUAUUUCUUGUUGAGGCGUUAAUGAAAGAGCAACACACUCGGUUACUUGCCUUUCAGUUAGCACUAAAGGCAUUAGAGAUCCCACGAAGUCCUGCCGCUACCAAUUUCCUUGAAGUCAAGCUUUAUUAUUAUGAAUCAGAAUUAACUGCUUUAUUAAGACGAAUGGAAAUCGGUUCUAAUGAACUGAAAAUUCUCAGAGAACAUGCACAAAAUUUUUUGGAAACAAUUGACAGUUUCAUUGCCUCCGCAGAACCGCAUGCUUUACCUAUUUGUUUGGCACAUUAUCUUUUUGAUCAGCUUUCAAAUACACAAAGUUGCGACAAAAACAAAAGGAAAUUCACGAUUUCAAGGCAAGGAAAUAUAUCUCGUCAAAAGUGUGAUGAGAUGUUGGGAUUUUGUGUUGCUGUUGGUGCUCUUGAUUUAAAAUUAAUGGUUUCUGAAACAAAUUAUCCUAUGCUUUCUGAAAGUACGAGGCGUCAGCAGGGUCAAUUGGCCUUUAUUAUGUUAAUAAAGUAA